UCAGAUGGCAUUAUUGGCUCUUCUGACUCAUUAUAUAAAAAUCAUAUGAACUAAUCACGUAACAGAGACGAAACUAAUCAAAAGCCUUUGCCCGCAUUUGCCCUCUCUCUCCGGCAACAACAGCUCAGAACUCAGCUUUUCCUUCAAAAAUUCCAGGCAAAUUAUUUAACCAAUCCAGUUUACCAAAUGGACUUCUUCGGUUCAAACAAAGCAAAGAAAGAUGGAAAACGCUCAGGACUGUUCGGGAAGAAAAGUGCCAGCAAGAGCAAUCCGGCGACCCCUCCUCAUCCCGCCGCUGGUAGAUCUCCGCCACCUUCGUAUCUCUCCAACAAAAGAGCUGAGACAGAGUACGAUUUCCCUAUCAACCGUGAACAAAGAACAUACCCGAAACAACCUGCGUCUGAACGCGUCCCCAACUCCCACCCUAGGCCUCCUGUGUACGGAUAUGGCACGGUACUCUAUUACCCUGAACGCAGAGAAAGAAAGGAGAGGAUGAGUUAUGAACCAGAGACUAACGCUCCUUCAAGCCCCUUUCCUCCUUCUGGAAACCGCACGCCUGAACGUCGUAGAGAUUCAAGCGAGUAUAGCCGAGAACAACGAGAUCGAAUGUAUGAGGCAGAUACCCGAAGCAAUGCAAGCCCAUUUCACCCUUUCAAAAGCCCUUCUCCAUCUCCAUACCACACGCCUGAUCGCCGCAGAGAGCACGACACAGACCACUACGAGGCAAUGUACGAGCCUGAGGCCAAUACCAUGUUUCAGAACAGAGCUCCUGGGAGCCCAUUUCAUAAAGCAGGAAACCGCUCUCCAUCUCCAUAUAGAACUCCGGAUCGUCAGCAAUUUGAAGACCUGUACGAGCAAGACGGCGAUGUAACACCAAGAAACAGCUCUCCACCGAGCCCCUUUCAUCCAGCAGCUAAUAGAUCACCACCACCACAAUCAUACAGAACACCUGAUCGCCAUAGAAACCACCCUGAUGAUGAGCAAGACGGCCAAGUAACACCACGAAACAGCUCUCCACCAAGUCCCUUCCAUCCAUCUGCAACUCGUUCGCCACCACCGCAACCAUACAGAACGCCUGACCGUCGCAGCAAUGAGCAGACGGAAGCAAUGUAUGAGCCAGAUGGGUACGUAAUGCGGCAGGAGAGCCCUCCUCGGAGUCCAGUUCAUGGAGCAUACUACUCAUCCAGUGAUGACGAUAACCACUCCACCUACCUCUUCCCAGAAAUUGGCACCCCUGCUCGUUCCUUCCCAGUCUCCGCCAACAGCACCCCGGUUCACCACAACUACCAGAUCAUUGCGGCCGAGACCUACGAGCAAGAGAAGCAGUACGAGCCGCCGGAGCUGGCGGACGAGUCACAGAGCUUCUCGCUGCAGGAGAUCGCCAAGAUGCGAGGACUCAAGGAAGAGAGCCAAUCGAUGAUCUCCGAGUCCUACGUAUCCGUCGCGAACUACAGAGUCAAAUCGAGCGUCGCGGAGACGCUCCAGGCGAUCAUCGACAAGCACGGAGACAUCGCCGCCUCCUCGAAGCUCCGGUCCAACGUGACGAGGUCGUACUACCUGGAAUCCCUAGCCGCGGUGGUGAUGGAGCUGAGGACGACGGGGCUGAGGGAUCUGACGAAGACGAGAGUGGCGGAGAUGGCGGCGGUGGUGAAGGACAUGGAGUCGGUGAAGAUCGACGCGUCGUGGCUGAGGAAGGCGGUGGAUGAGCUGGGGGAGGCGGUGGAGUGCGCGGGGGAGUACGAGGCGGCGAAGGCGGAGAGGGAGGCGUGCGAGAGGGAUCUGAAGGCGAGGAAGGGGGAGAUGGAGGAGAUGAGGGAGGAGCUGGGGAAGAGGGAGAAGGAGAUCAGGGAGUGCAGAGAGAGAGUGACGGCGGUGGCGGGAAAGCUUGGGCAGUUAGAGAUGAAGGGAUCGAGAUUGGAGAAGAAUCUGGAGGUGUUUCACUCUAAGGUCGAUAAGUUCCAAGGAGAAGCUGUCCUUCUCCACGUUUGAUUAUAUUGAUACAUUUCUUCUACUGUAUUCAUCAUCCAUCGGCACUGUUCUUGUAUCUGUGGAUUUUGUGCACGAAACAACAAUCUUUGGGUCAUAUAUAUAUAGCUUGUUUUGGGCCCAAGGCCCGUGAAACCAUCAGUGAGUUUAAUACUGGCCCACCAGACGCAUCUUAUUUGAGUGUUUUCGUUUUUGAUU